AUUACCGAACCUCAUAAAUUGGACCAUUAUUGAAUGGGGUAUCAUGUUUGAACGCUCUACAGAAGAUCAUAUCUCGUAUCCCCAGAAAAUACAAAAGGAAAUGCCAUUAAAACCAGAGGCCCAAGAUGUAGGAUCUCCCAAAUCCACCGCACCCCCGACUUGUUGUUGUUGUUCUUCUUCUUCAUUUGUUGGGGUCCCAGAUGGGGUUUUGAAUGUAACCUUCAACCACACAUCUGCUGGCACUUGGCAGAAUUACAGCCGUUGGAUCAAAGGAAACUGUCAGUAUUGUAUCGCCGUUUAGCGCUCAAGAAUCCACUUACUUCCCCCCCUUUCUUUCGGGUUUGAUCUGUAGCUGAUGCUGAAAAGUGGGGCAGUUUCUUCUUCGGUAAUUUUCCUUCGGAUCAACCCCAUUCUCAACGCUUCGCUACAGGAUUCACUGUUUUGCUCCCUUUUUGAGGGUCAAAAGAAUUACAGAUAACAGUUCUUCAAGGCAAUGGUUGUUCAUUAUGGAGAAAAUGGAAAUCAAUGGUAGAAAUCCUAAUUUGAAAGGGAAUGGAAACCAUUCUUCAGGUGAUUCAAACGUUAAGUCUAAUGAGAUGCCUACAUUUGUCAACCACGCGGAGAUAGCUUGGCAUGAACGCAGGCGGGAAUGGGUCGGCGACUGUUCGGGAAACCUGCAACAAGUACCAAUGGAACCAAUCUUGAGCUGGACCACGACUUAUGAAGAUCUUCUUUUAACUGCAGAGCCUUUUCAGCAGCCGAUUCCUUUAGCUGAAAUGGUGGACUUCUUGGUUGAUAUCUGGCUUGAAGAUGAUCUCUAUGAUUAGGCUUUCUCAUACAAUCUAUCAGAAGUGCAUUGUUCUUCUUUCUUUGCCCCUCUUUUCAAGGCUUCUAUUCAUUUUUUGGUAUAACCAUUGAACAAAAUUGAUGAGCAGAAUAGAUGGUUCUCUUGUACUCUAUGCUGAUUUGUAAUUAACUGAGAGAAGAUGACGACUUUUUUUGUUUUUCGUUGUCGUCGUCUUCCUGGGUAAUCUGCAUACCGAGAUUUUUACUUUAA